CGCAUAGCUCAUGUGGUUUACUCCUCUACUCUAUACAUCAUGACAUAAACAAAGAGAAAAUAAUAAUAAUCUUCAGUGUCGUAGUAAGAUAAAGAAGCCAUUUCAAUGUUGAAAAAGAAAUAGAAUUCGUGUUGUAUACAAAAUUAUUGAUGUUCUAGUGAUAAAAUAUGUCGAAGAUUAACACAUCUUUCAGAGUAAAAAUAUAUGAUUUACCUCUGAAUCGUUUUGCAAAUGUAGCCUUACCACAGUAUCUUCAGCAACUUCAACAACAUCAAGACAACCUACACAAAUAUAAAAGCAACAGAGAUUGGAAAAAAGUAAGAACAGAGCAGUUAAAAGGACAACAGGUUGCAUCCCAAUUAGAAGCUGCAUUACAGGAGUUAGAAGGAGUUUCACAACAUCUGACCUCAGAUGAUGAGAUAGAGUUCGAAAAGAAAGUCAGGCCAUAUAAAAAUCAAGCUCUUAAUGCAAUCAGAAUUUUUAAACAAAACUCAGAUAAUUUCAACAAUGUCUUUGAGUCACACACAUCCGAGGAAGAUCAAAAGAAACAGAUUGAGUUAAUUGAAGAAAUUGUUAUACCAGAAGAAAUUGAAGUUGAGCAAUGCAAAGCUCAAUUUGAGACAUAUCAAAACUUGCAAAAAGAUAUAGAAGAGUUGCACGACCUAUUUUCAGAGUUUUCACAUCAAGUCAAUACUCAAGAGACGACAGUUUCCAACAUUGAAGAGAAUGUGGAGGCAGCUCUAGAAGAUGUUAAAGAAGGACAGCAGAAUUUGGCCAAGGCUGCAAGGUUUAAAACAACUCUUUACCCAUUAACAGGAGCGCUAAUUGGAACGUGCAUUGGUGGUCCUAUUGGGCUUCUUGCGGGUCUCAAAAUUGGGGGUCUUGCUGCACUCGGAGGAACGGCACUAGGCUUUGCUAGUGGUCGUGGUCUGAUGAGGUGGCAAGAAUCGGCAGUCAACGAAUCAGCAAAUAACUUAACCAGAAGUCAAUCAACCCCUACGAAUUUAGGAAAUAGUACCCAGUCUGGAAAGCUUCCAUACUCUGUCAGCUUCAAAGAAGAUUGAGGCCUUUCAAUUUGCUUCUAGUACUGAUUUUCAUACAGAUUUGAUAAAAAACAUUGUGUCAAUAUACAUACAUUUUCAGGUUAACAGAGACAAAACGAAGUAUAUUCUACCUUUGAUGACCGACUGCAUCGUAAUUAUUAUAAAUGUCAUGAAUUAUUAUUUUAUUUCUCUGUAAUAUGUUAAGAAAUUUUCAAGCACCUUCACGAAUAAAAUUUUGUACAAUAUGA